AUGUACAGGAUUUGCACAGUAUUUCUGACUUUUUGGCUCGAUUUGGGUCUCGCGGCGCCGGCUCUACCUUCGCUGGGGUUGCUAGCUGGCAAGGACGGCUAUCUGAUCAAGGAGUACAUCAACGCCAUUACCGCCUACGGGCCUGGCCUUGGCGUUUACAGUGAGUCUACAUCGGAUUUUUUUUUUUGCGAAAUGAGUUUGGAGAGAAGGUUUUAUUAAUCAUAUUUUCAGGUUUAUUACUAGGAACUGAAGAAACUGAAAUGUAUUAUUGCUAAAAAUUUUUUUGGAUAUUUUUUACUUUUUUUCUACGUUCCGCAGUUCGUUUUGAAGAAAACUAAUUUAAAUUUUUUUUCAGCACCCUACAGUUACGUCGAUCUGUCAUACGAUAACAUUCCUUUCGUCGGAAAAAUCCCUCUUCCUGGAAAGGAAGGAACGGCGUCGCGGCUAGGGAUAUCACCUUUCUAUCCGCCGGAAGGAAAUCCCAGCAAUCCAUUCCCACCGCUCUAUAGGUUUACAGAAAUUCAAUUUAGAAUUGCUUUUAAAUUUGAAUGACUUAAUUUCUAGAGCCCGCCCACUGCCUAUGCACGUUCCUGAGCCGCAGGACGUUGUCGCCGUGCCGCUUGAUGAAGAAGCGCUCCACGGAGAGCCUCUGUUUCCGCCAGGUUUGAAUCAAUUUUCAUUCAUAUUUUUCUUACUCAACAGUUCAGAACUCGUCUUACCUGCGGAGAGCGCAGAAGAACGGCCUACUGUCAAAUCUGAUAACGGUGUUCCUGUUGACCCUUUCAGAGUAAGAAAAUUAGUACCAUUCGUAACGAAAGCACUUUUUUACAGACACCUGAGGGCUUCGUCGACUGGGACGGAACUAAAACAGCCGGUUUGAGUCUUGAAGGUACAUUGAAAAAAUCGUAAAAUGUACUGAAUUCAGAAUUCAGAUGACUCAUCAAAAGGAAUAAUCGUGGAUGAAGCCCGAGAAGCGGCGAUUCGCGACAAUGACCUCACCAAAAUACCAAUUGGAGUCAACGACCGACCAAAGACGCCUUUCCGAUCAAAAAGGAUACUCCUUCUUUAA